UAGGUGUGUGUGUUUAUUUUGGGUGUGUGUUUGAUUUAAAAUACUAUUAUAUUUUGAAAUAGAGUAUUUUGGACAGCGUUAAAAAUUCUUCUUUUGCAUUUGUUAUUAAAGGGAGGUUGAAUUAAACAAGUAUCCUUGUCUUUUAAUAUUAAAAGAUUAGUAUUUUGAAAAAAUGGAUAAUAAGAAACAUAAAGAUAUUUUGCUGAAGAUUGCUGAUAAUCUGUUGGAUGAAGAUGUUGAAACAAUUAAGUUUUAUUAUUCACAACAAAUUGGCUAUCGUCAUCUAGAAAGAAUUAAAACUCCUAUCAAUUUAAUUCAAACUUUAGAACAUCAAAUGCUUCUAGGGAUAAAUAACUAUGAUGAUUUUGUUGAGAUACUUAAUAAAAUUGGAAGGAAUGACUUGGCAAAUUAUUUUUCUAUAGUCAAAUCAAGGAUGCCCUCAGACUUAGAAACUUUGAAUUCAUCAGAAAGUUCUACCAGAACUUCUUCUAAGAAAGAAACUUCGAGUUCACCAGAAAGUUCUACCAGAACUUCUUCUAAGAAAGAUAUAUCAGAGAUAUGCACAGCACUCAAAAGUUUCUAUCUUUCAAGUUAUGUGAAAAUAAAUGAAGUUCAAGUACCACUAAAAUCACCUGCAAAUGUCAAUUUAAUGCAUAAAUUCGUUGAUCUAUGUAUUGUUGAUGCAGUCAAUGCUCAAACAGAUGCUGUAUUAAGUGAACGAAAAGAAUUUCUUCAAAAGCAAUUGCGUUAUACACCAAUUCCAUAUAGUGAAAUAUUUAUGAAAGAUAAAUCUGUAACAAUAAUAUCUGGAAUAGCUGGUAUUGGGAAAACAUGGUUGCUUAGAAAAUGUUUGCUUGAUUGGUCAAAUGGUCUAAUUUGGAAAAAUGUUAAACUUGUGUUUUAUUUGGAAUACAGAAGGCUUAAUCAAUAUCAAAAUAUUUCUAAUAUUCAUGAAUUACUAAAUGUUUUCUACAAAGAUAUUAUAAAUGAUUUUGAUAUUAUUACUCAUUCUACGCUGUUUAUAAUUGAUGGAUUAGAUGAGUUUAAAUAUCUAAAUGAGUUAAUAAAUUGCAGUUCGAGUUGUAACUAUCCAAUUGUUAAUGUUUUAACAGAAAUUCGAAAAUAUAAGUAUGUAGUUGCUGGUAGAGUUCAUGCAAUUGAUCAGUAUCAAAGUAUAUCUACAGAGGAUUGUGAUAAGAUAAACAUUCAAAUUAUGGGAUUUAAUGAAGAUGGAAUAAAUAAUUAUAUAGAAAAUAAUGUUUUAGAGGAAAGAAAAGAUGUUGUGAAAGCAAAUUUGAAGGAAUCUGCGAUUGCAAAAUCAAUGUCAUCUGUUCCAUUUUAUUUAUCUUUCAUGUGUAAGAUUAUGAGUAUUUCAAAAAAUUUAUACAAAAAUUCUUUUUUAACAAUGACAGACUUGUAUGCAAAUAUUUUUUUACACUUUUUGCAAAAACACAUUAUCAAAAACAAUGAAUCGAUUUCUCAAUUCAUGGAAAACAAUUUUAAUAAAAAAUAUGUUUUAAACAUUUGUAAAAUUGCGUAUCAAUUGUUUGUUGAAAAUAAAGUAAUUUUUUCCAAAGAAGACAUUCAAACUUUCAUCAUUGACUUUGAUAAAAAUGAAAAAACUUUUUUUGGAUUUAUUGAAAGGAUUGAAACAAGUCUAGGUGAAUAUAUUUAUCAAUUUGCACAUUUGACAAUAAUGGAGUUUUGUGCAUCUAUAUAUGCAUAUAAUUGUUUAAGUAGUGAAGAGAUUAUGACCAAUGAAAAGCUGAAGAGUUGUUUAUCAAUGAUUUGUGGUUUAACCAAUAAAAAUCAAAAUAGUUCCUUAAAGUUUCUUGUUGACCUGAAUCCUUUAAAACAAACUUGUGAAGAUUCUUUAUUUUUGUUUUCUAUUUUUGGCAAAUGUCUCAACUGGUUUUUCAUAAAUCGUACAGUUUUUUCUGCAAAUAUUGCUUCUCGCUUAAAUGCUUUUUUAGGGUAGUUAUGCUAAAUGUGCUGUCUGCAAACUUGAAGAAGCUAAUGAUCUUGUUAUCAUCUCUGUAGCACUUAACAUGGUUGGCAAUGUCAUAUGACAAAUCAUUGAUUUGAAAUAUUUAGAGUUGUGUAGUAGAGUGCCAAGCCUUGUGGUACUCCAAAUAACUUGCUAGUCAGAUUAAAAAAGUGACAUGAUUUGACUUGCUUCUAAGCCUAAUGGCUACGAUCAAGUGAAGUAUCUGCUUUUAUUUGAGUUCUUACAUCAUUUUGAUUGGUUAUGAUCUGCUGUAACAUGGUAUUUAGACUUCAUUUCAAUUAGUCACAUCUAAAGACUGUGAAAAAAUGACUUCAUUGAGCCUAAACUUUGAUUUUAUGACAUGAUUUAACAAAAGAAAAUUUGUAUUUAGUGAGAAAAUACAAAA